AACUCAUUUACGCUAGACCUUGAUACGAGAUGAUGCCCAUCAUGCCCGUCCGCUUGCUGGUUUUCCCGCCGCAUGCGUUGACAUAGGCUCUUGGGAAGCAGGUUCUCAGCACCCGCUCUAAACGCAAUUGCUGGCUAUAUAAAAGCCAAUCGCAGGUGCUGCUACUCGAGGGACUAUCAUUAGAUGAUCUUCUUUUGCGUACCUUCAGAUUCUCCAAAGGACUUCUCUGAUAUUUGGAUCGAAUGACCUGAAUCAAAAAAUGGCUCCCGAACCACUCUCAGCAGCUGGGCAAAAUCUUAUCGAUACUGCCACAUCAGUCAUCAACGGCAUUCCAGUCUCUGACUUCUACAGUGUGGCAAGCGCCGCUAUUUCUGACGACGGCCGUGUCUUCUCCGGCGUCAAUGUCUACCAUUUCAACGGCGGCCCGUGCGCAGAACUUGUUGUUCUCGGGGUGGCGGCGGCUGCUGGAGCCACGAAGUUAACUCACAUCGUGGCCAUUGCCAAUGAAGGGAGGGGGAUUCUGAGUCCGUGCGGAAGAUGUCGACAAGUACUGGCCGAUUUGCACCCUGGGAUUAAGGCUAUUGUGAUAGGUAAAGAAGGGCCGAAGAUGGUGGCUGUGGAAGAGUUGCUGCCUUCUAUAUAUGCUUGGGACAAGGACUAUGACCGUAUCUAAGGAGGACAAAUGAUAGUUGGAGGUCAGGAUAAUGUAUUCCAUCUGGACUAGAAUGCUAAAUGUCUAGCUGGACUAUGCCAAUAUAUGCUACGGACACGUCAGUAUCCUGUUUAAUUCAAUGGCACCCAGUUAACCACC